CCUAACUGAGAACGCUAAAAUGGAUUCUAGAAGUGAACUUACAAAGACGGACAAAAUGUUUACUGCUGAAAAUGUGCAUGAGAUUGUAACGCUAUUUCAUGAGGCGGAUUCUGAUGGAGGUGGACGAUUGGACAUUGAAGAAUUCUGUGAAGGACUGAAGCAGUUAUUCCCUACUAUGGAUGAAGAAGAUCUCAUUGCCCUCCACAUGAAGAUUGACACAAAUGGAGAUGGAAGUGUGGACCUCGGGGAGUUAACAGACUACCUGGUGAACAAAAACAAGGCAUCACAAAAUAUGGCUUUUAAAAAUCAAAUCUUUCCUAAACCUAUCGAAAUGAUAUCGGUGGAUCACCAUAAAGCGAUUGUUCGUCUGAUUCACCGUCCCUUCGAGAAUGACAGGAAACCUGAUCAUGGUUCAGAGGUUUUAUUAGGACAAACCAGCACUUACCAAAAAGGUCAAUACCUCUCCAUCAGCUCGAAUGGUAUCCUCAACUUCUGGCCUGACAGCUUUGACACCCCAUACCCAAUUCAAUUAUACAAAAAGGAAAACACACUUCCUUUUUCACACAACAAGAAAAUGCACGUUACUGACAUGGUCUACAUCAGUGAACUCAAGCAACUGGCUAUCUCCACUUCUGACAGGGAACUAAUAUUCUAUCGCUGCAAUGAAUUCCCUAAGUUGUUUUCAACCAGCCACUCUUUAAUAGUAGAGGACAACAUAGUGAAUACCAUGAACUACUGGUCCAAUGACACUAAAGCAGUGUUUUCCUUUGGCGAUGUAAAAGGUUUUUUGUCUGUGUUUGUCUCCAACAACAUACAUGAAAACGGCCUCUUCUUCAAGGGUGCAUAUGAGAAAAUCUCUCUGCGGGAUUAUCCAACUGUUUAUGUUUCAGCCCUGUUAAAAAACCCCUCUAAAAACUUUCUAUGUGUGAAGGUCAACAUCUUUAAUGAUGUUUGCAGUCAGAUCCAAUAUUUUCCAUCACUUAGCUCGUUUGCUAUCUGCGGUAGUUCAUCCAAGACAAUGGUCCUUGCUUCUCUACCAAAGACAUCCACAACCAAAACGUCUACAAAAGUCUUCAAGAGCAGAGGAGAUGUGGAAUUUUUCACCUGUGUAGAAUACUCCACUUCCUCUGGGUAUCUGCUGACCGGUGGGACGGACGCCCUACUGAGGACGUGGUUUCCCCACAAAACAGUGUCAUGCAUCCAUGAAUUAAAGGGACAUGUCAAACCCAUCACCCAUAUAAUGUUAAAUCCCAAGGAAAAGGUUUUUGUUAGUUUAUCGCAGGACCACCAUAUACGUGUUUGGUCAGAGGAUGCAAUGAUCUGUUUGCAAAGCUUCAAGAUAAAAGAAAUGAUGCAGAGUCCUAUCUCCAGUGUGUGUUACAACACACACAACAAUGAGUUAGUCCUAGCUAACACAGAUAUUGGCAAAUAUCUUGGAAGAGGAACUGAUGUGUUUAAAAAUGCAUUAACAUCGCAUGACAAGCCCCUGUGCUGUGCUCUCUAUCACAACAUUUUCAAACAGGUUGUCUCUGUUUGCCAAAAUGGCGUGGUGACAGUGUGGGAUAUCUUAACAGGAACGGCCGCCAUGCAGUUCAAGGUGACUCCAGAUCAGUACGUGGGGCAUGUUGCUAUUUCAUUUGAUGGACUAAAGCGCAGACUGAUCACAAUUUCCCAGGAUGGAAAAGUUAAAAUUUGGAACUUCAACAACGGAACAGAGCUUGCCAUUCUUCCUGUUACCGUACAAAGGGAGGUGACAGGUAUCGUCUGUGUAGACAAUAGGGUGUUUGUGUCGGGAAAGAACUCCAAGAUCAUUUAUGACCUGGACAUACACGGAUAUGACAACAGAUUUUUGAAGCAUUAUUAUUUAGAUGACAUUUGCUCAAUGGAUGUCCAUGAAAACACACUGGUUACUGCCUCCAGCAAUGGAAAUAUUGUCAUCUGGGAGGCCGCCAGUGGCGAAGUUCUCUACUGGCUCAAUGGCAGCAACCCUCGAACAAACAUGGCAGACAAAACCACUCAGGGCCAGACAGGGAGUCUGCUUGGUCACAAGAGUCCAAAGCAUGUCAGAGGCACUGGGAAAAGACCUCAAAGUAAAUCCCUGAAUGGGAACAACACUGAUGUGAUUAACACACCUCUUAUCAUAUGUCUGAAGACCAGGGAGGUUAAAGUUCACACAGCCACACUGCUGACGUCUUCAGAUGGCAACAUAUAUGCCUGGUCUGUUAUUAGCAAGGGAGGAUUGAUUGGAAAGUUCAGAGCAGUGAAGGAUGAAGGAGCAGUCAUUACCACCAUGUCAACUGAUCCCAAUGACCAGAUAUUAAUGACCGGGGAUAGUACCGGAAAGAUUUAUCAGUGGGACAUUCAGGCUUUUGGGUUUAAAAAACAGGCAAACAACGAGCCAUUUGAGGAUAUAAAUGGGUGGUGCGUGUCAUUGUGUCCACCUCCUCUGUUGCUCUGGCAAUCUCACAUCACAGGGGUGGUGAGUGUUCACUGUAACCCAACUUGUGAAAAGUUAAUUACCGCAGGGAACUGCAAUGUCUGUCUGUGGGAAAACACAGGAACCUACAUAGGCCUCUUUGGGAAAGACCAAUGGGGUGCUUCACAAAUCAGCCUUGAGGAGAAUGCUGAACAGGAGGAGACCGGCAGACCAAGCACAACGAAGACCAGCAACUUUCCAUUGGCACGUCCUGUCUUUCCAACAAAAUCAAAGUCAGAAGAACUGACAGACAGCAUUAAAAGCCUCUGUGACAGAAUAGACAAGGUAGUCAGCCCUAAGAAGCCUGGAGACAAAUUAACAGAGGAUCUACUUGAUCGUGUAAAUAGACGGAUGAUGAAGAUUCAGUCAGGACUUGACUUAAUAAAAAGCGAGGCCAAUUACAAUUAG